GAACAGGGUGCACCCGGAAGUGUCUCAAGCAGGCAGACGCCGCGCCACCCAGGCCUCUUCGCUAUGGGCCGCAACAAGAAGAAGAAGCGAGAUGGCGACGACCGGCGGCCCCGGCUCGUUCUCAGCUUCGACGAGGAGAAGCGCCGGGAGUACCUGACAGGCUUCCACAAGCGAAAGGUGGAGCGGAAGAAGACAGCCAUUGAGGAGAUCAAGCAGCGGCUCAAGGAGGAGCAGAAGAAGCUCCGGGAGGAGCGCCACCAGGAGUACCUGAAGAUGCUGGCGGAGAGAGAGGAGGCGCUGGAGGAGGCAGACGAACUGGACCGGCUGGUGACAGCAAAGACGGAGUCGGUGCAGUACGACCACCCCAACCACACGGUCACCGUGACCACCAUCAGCGACCUGGACCUCUCGGGGGCCCGGCUGCUCGGACUGCCCCCGCCCGAGCAAGGGGCUGGGCACGGGUCCGAGGAGGAGGCGCCAUCCGUGGAGAAGCCCACCAGAGCCUUACCCAGGAAGUCCAGAGACCCCCUGCUGUCCCAGCGGAUCUCCUCUCUCACGGCAUCGCUGCAUGCGCACAGUCGCAAGAAGGUCAAGAGGAAGCGUCCCCGACGGGCCCAGGACUCCGCCAAGAAGCCCCUGAGUGCCACUCGUACCAGCAAGACCCAGCGCCGCCGGCUGACUGGCAAAGCCCGGACUGGUGGGGAGUGAGCCCCGAGAACCGGGCUGGGCCCCAGCCGAGGCUGCAGGGACCUGUCCUGUCUCAGCUUGGCUGUCCCCACAGUCCAGCCUGCACCGUGCUGGUGACUCCAC